UAUUUUUCACGUUUUUGAAUAAAAUCUCAAGACUCCAAUUGGCCGACCCGACUCUUUCAGAGUAUUUCAGUGUUUUCGUCCUCCAUUAAUGGUGGAGACCAGCAACUCUCUGGGAUUACCAAUCACCCAUUGAGCAACAAAGUUCAAGGCUGAUGUUAGGGUGGAGUGGGCACAAAUUCUUACCAGAGAUACGUACAUUUUUGGGGUGGAUCGGCUAAAAAUCAAUCUUUUUAAGCUGUUACAGACUGUUUGUUGGUGUUGCAAAUGCGUGGGAAAUGCAGACGAUAUCCAUCCACAACUUUGUAAUUACUAAUUAUAGUUUUACCAUUUUUAGUUUAUGCCCUCCCGCUUCAGUGCACAACCAAGAAACCUUCCUCUGUCCCAAAUUGAGAAGUUCAUACCUAAACAGUGGAGGAGUGUUAGAGAAUCAGACCCCCAAAACUGUUGCCAGACCUUGCUGUAUAGUUCUCAUGAACGUAUUUCAGGGCCUUGUAAAGCAGGUAAUGAACCUAUGGUGGAUUGCCUCCUGACAACCUUGAAGGACUUUGCAGGCCAAGAUCACAUACGCAAAGCCUUUAGAACUUUUUCUCUAAUUCGGACUAAUGUCUCCUCUCAAACCCCUUGUGAUCUUGUCAUACAGUCAUUGUCGUCUCUUUUAUUGUGUUGUACUAAUUGUAAGUCACUCUCCGAAGGGAAACAAAUUCAUGCCCACAUUAUUAAUUUGGGCGUUGCACAUAGUUGGAAUUUGGUGCCAAGGAUAAUUACAUUCUAUACGACCUUUGGUUUACUUGAUGAUGCUCAUGUAAUUGCCGAAACUUCAAAUAUUUUGCACCCUCUCCCAUGGAAUCUCCUUAUUUCUUCUUAUGUUAGAAGGGGGCAGAAUGAAGAGGCAUUCUCCGCCUAUAGGCAGAUGGUGAAUAGAGGUGUAAGACCCGAUGAUUUCACUUAUCCAUCUGUUCUAAAGGCCUGUGGUGAACAGUUAAAUCUUGUUUUUGGCAGGGAUAUUCACAAAUCUAUAGAUGCUAGUUUCCUAGAGGGUAACUUGUUUGUCCAGAAUGCCUUAGUUUCCAUGUAUGCGAAAUGUGGAGAACUGGAUGUUGCACAUGAUAUAUUUGAAAGGAUGGCAAUUAAGGAUGCAGUUUCUUGGAAUUCGAUGAUCUCUGGUUAUGCUUCCAAAGGUAUGUGGAGUAAAGCUUUUGAGCUUUUUGAUAAAAUGAGGGCGGCUGGUGCUGAAAUGGAUAUUAUUACUUGGAACACCAUAGCUGGAGGUUGCUUGAAGACAGGUAACUUUAUUGGGGCUCUUAAAUUGUUCUCUCAAAUGAGAACUUGUGGAAUUCAGCUAGAACCUGUGGCAACACUUAUUGGUUUGGGUGCAUGUUCCCACUCUGGUUUAUUAAAAAUUGGAAAAGAAAUUCAUGGUUUAGUGAUUCGAAGUCACCUUGAUGAUUUUGAUAAUGUAAGAAACGCUUUAAUCAACAUGUAUGCCAGAUGCAAGGCACUUAAGCAGGCGCUUAUUUUGUUUCAGUGUGUUGACUCUAAAACUGUAAUUACCUGGAAUACAGUCAUAUCUGGCUUUGCACAUUGGGAUAGGUCUGAGGAAACCUCCUUUCUUUUUCGAGAAAUGCUGCUUUCUGGUGUUGAGCCAAAUUAUAUCACAAUAGCAAGCAUUCUCCCCCUGUGUGCUAGGGUGGCAAAUUUACAACAUGGUAAAGAAUUUCACUGCUAUCUUACAAGGCGUGAAGGGUUUGAAGAACAUUUGCUCUUGUGGAAUUCACUUGUGGAUAUGUAUGCAAGAUCUGGAAAGGUAGUUGUAGCUAGAAAUCUAUUUAAUUUGAUGAGCAAGAAAGAUGCAAUUACCUACACUUCGCUGAUAGCUGGAUAUGGUAUUCAAGGUGAAGGAAGAGAAGCAAUUAAACUAUUUAAUGAGAUGAUAAGACUCCAUAUAAAACCAGACCAUGUGACCAUGGUUGCUGCUUUGUCAGCCUGUAGUCAUUCAGGCCUUGUGAUGCAGGGCCAGAAACUAUUUGAAAAGAUGCAAAGUAUUCAUGGUUUAAGUCCUCAUCUGGAGCACUUCUCUUGCAUGGUUGACCUCUUUGGUAGGGCUGGUCUACUUAGAAAGGCAGAGGAAAUUAUCAUAAAGAUGCCUUAUGAACCAACACCUGAAAUGUGGGCAACUCUCCUUGGAGCAUGUAAGAUUCAUAGGAAUACUGAAAUAGGGGAAUGGGCAGCUGAGAAGCUGCUGGAGCUGAGGCCUGUUAAUCCUGGAUACUACGUGUUGAUUGCUAAUAUGUAUGCGGAUGCUGGGUGUUGGAACAAACUGGCAAAAGUGAGGACUGUGAUGCGGGAUUUCGGUGUAAGAAAAUCUCCAGGAUGUGCUUGGGUCGAUACGGGUUCUGGCUUUUCUCCCUUUUUGGUUGCAGAUAUCUCCAGUGGCCAAACCAAUGAAAUUUAUUGUCUACUGGGAGGGUUGAAUAGGCAAAUGAAAGACACUGGUCAUUUAUCUACAGAGGAUUCGUCUUCUGAAGAAGAACUUUGUGAAGGACUUCUUUAGGAAACGAAAGGUGAAACUUUGAUCCUGUCCUUUGACUAUUUCCAAAAGAACUUUGCUCAUCUUUCCUGUUGCAAGGUAUAUCCUAUUGCUCAUGCAGAAUACGUGCCAGUUUGAUCAAACAUUCUUCUUUUUCUGCCAUGGUUAAGGUUGCAGAUUUUGGAGAGUAAGGGAACACUUGGAGAAUUUAUGUCAAUCUUCAAGGCUUGUGAUCUCAGUUAGAAUGACGAGGGUUCUUUCCCUGCAGCAUAUGCUUUCAUUCACAAGAUAAAUCCCUUGGUGCAGACUCAUUUUGUUCCAAAUAAUACUACUAUUCAUUUUAUUACAUUCAUUUUUAUAGUUCAUGCUUCAUCAACAGUUAUUCAAUCAGAUUCUGAUACAAGCGUGCUUUAUAUUCCUGGAGAAAAAUUAGAAGGGGUAGAGGAAAACGUAGAGAAGGUGACAUCAAUUUCUGCUUUAUAAUUUUGAAUGGAAUAAUUUCUGCAAUUUUUUGUUGUUGCAACUUUCUUGAUAUUGUCGGGUUACUUUGUUGUGAUCUGGAUGUAUCUUGUGAUUGAUGAAAUGCUGACCUUUUUCUGCUGAAAACUUCUAUAUUUUCUGUUGUCUAAAUGCUCUCCAUCCAUUGUUCCUUUAAGCGUGGAUUAUUUAUCGUUUUAACUUUUAAGCAAAUGACAGUACAGUUACCCAUUAUAGGAAGAAAAUUCAAUAAUAGGUAACAAGAAGAAUUCAACAAUUGCCAAUGUAAGGGGGAGGAGAUUAGAUACACAUUAAAUGUUAUCCUUGAAAAAUGAACCAAAGAACUUGAGAGUUUUGAGACCUUAGACUUCUGCACUCUGUGAAAUUUCAUUAGCCAGCAGCAUAGUACUGAUGGCUUGCAAUUUCGUAUGGAGAUCCACUUAUACGGUAUGGUAGAGUUCAGAAAAGAAACGAGUUCAAGUAAAGCUUCUGAUUUUGGUCAAUCAAUUACCACAGGACAAAAGAGCAGAAUGUUAAAGUCUAGAAAUAUAAGUUAGACUUCAGUCCGUCAGUCUUUUAGUCGAUAAUCUUUCAACCCCUUCUCCACUGAGGUUAGAAAUGGUGAGGGUGGAGGUUCUACCCCCAAAAUUUUACUCAAGGUGUAACUAAAAUGCAUGGGUGGCAACGAUGUGGUUAAUCACUUACUCUGCUGCAUAACAGUCUAGCAGAUGCACUUCUUUUUUAUGUUAUGUGGAUCAUUCAUUUGCCUUUGAUGUUUUCAUGUCAGUGGGUAGUAAGGGUGUCAGUACUUCAUGCAGAUUCUUAAAAGUACACUGAAAAUUAGCAAAUCGGUGUUGUCCAUAAUGGAUACUUGUGCAGAUCAGUACGCGAGACGUUCCCAUUAAACAAAUCCAUGUAACAUAGCUAAUCUUUUUCCCAUUUGGUUUGAAGAUGAUCAUACUGUGUGAGUAAUCGGUAGUUUGGAGAUAAGAUUUUGUUAUGUAUAUGCUUCACUUACCUGCUUCUUCAACUAAUGUCUUAGAUCAAGUGCAUGUUGCCAAAGGGUAGUGAUUCUUAAUUUUUUUCCUUUUCUCUUUCUUUCUAUUGGACUCCAAUGAAAGAAAAAUAUAACUUUGGUAAAAUGACCAUAUAAAAUAUCAGAACAUUAUGACAUUGUCAAAAAGAAUAUUAGAACAUUAUGUGACCAAUCAUGGAGAGUAUGUUCAAAGAGAGGUGGAGCUGUGGAACAUUGAUUUGCAAUACAUAAAGACUCUUCUUCGGACUCUAACUUCUCGGUUAUAACUUAUAAUGUUGUCCUCACUUUUAUAUUAACGCUUGUGUAUAAUAGGAUGUACUGAAAACUAAGGGGUCGUUUGGUGUGAGGGAUAAAAAUAAAUAGUCCUGGGAUAAAAAAAAUAUUCCAAGGAUAAAAUUUGGUGUCUUGUUUGGUUUCCAAGUUUGGGAUAAGUUAUCCCACCAUUUAUACCAUAGUGAUGGGAUAAGUUAUCCCAUAUAUAUGGUGGGAUAACUUAUCCCAAGAUAGCUAAUCUCAGGAUAAUUAAUCUUGGAUAACUUGUUCCCAACCAAACGACCCCUAAGAGAACUAAUGUGAGAGGAUAAGUGAUUCUGAAGUACUUACCCCCGUUCACUUUUACUUGUCUCGUCUCGCUUCUCGAGAGUAUUUUUUCAUCAUAUUAAUAUGUGAAGGAGUGCAACUUAUAGUAUGUUUCAUAUAGUUUCAAUGACAACAUACCUGUAAUCCGACAAAGUGGGGAUUGGGAGAGUACAGUGUAUGCAGACCGUACCCCUACCUUGGUGGUAGAGUGGUUGUUUUGGAUAGAUCCUUGGCUCAAGGAAAUAUAGUUCAAAGCAGUACGUAGAAAAUGUUUCCUAUAGUUCUAUAUCAGAAAAAAGGAAAUGUUUCCUAUAGUUUUAUAUCAGAAAAAAGGUAAUGUUUCCUAUAGUUUUAGAAUAUCUAAAUUUUAAAUAUUAAAUUUAUCUAAUUCUGUUUAGCUCUUAAGAUAAGUCAAAUUGACUCUCGUGAAGCGAAACGUGACUAGUAAAAGUAACGGAGGGAGUACAUUAUUUUUCUUAAAGUUUUUCUGCUCCUCUAAGCUUUGAUAUUUGUCUUGAUAAAAUAUAAGCUUCUAAAGGUAUUAAUACCCUGAAAUAGUAGUACUUUACCAUUCUCAAAAAAAAAAAACCCUGAAAUAGUAGUAAAUGAUUAAAUUGACUUGUUUCUCCAUAAACAGGGUUCACAUGUGUGAUGAUUUCAUUCCAGGGGUACUUUGCAAGCUGAGCUGAGGUUAUUGUGCAUCUUGUCAAAGCUAUAG